CCUCAUUCAGUUGACAUUGUUGUUCACAACCACCAAUUUGAGUUUCGAAAUCGGAGCGCUUUUCUUUAUAUAUUUUCUAACUCGCCCUUCACCAUGGAUCCUCCCAAUGUUGGUAAAGAUUUUGCGGACAAGGUUCGCUUUCAUUUGAGUAAGGAUGAGUUGGAGCGCCAGAUGCGGAAGAUUCACGAGCGGGGUGAUGCUCAGAACCGGCCUUCAGGAAGCGGGAGCAGCACGAGUUCAUCGAAUAGUGCGCCUCAGCUGGAGUCAUGGAUCUUCGAGAGCGUUGGGGGCUACUAUCUACCCAAUGAGGACCUGUCUAAGAUGCCGCUGCCUCGUCAGGAACAGUUGCUAAUAAGGGAUCUCAUCUAUGCCUUUUCGGGGGUACCCACUUCCCACGUCAAGCCCGAUGUCCAGCUCGAACAGAUCUCUGGAAUGAAUUCCGUGGAUAUAGCCAAGGUUCGCUUCCGAUUGGAUGACGUCUUCAAUGCGGCCUUCAAGGCCUUGGCCAAUGAAGUGUUGCCCCUGAUAGGUUACUACAUAGGUGUGCAGAGCUUUAUUGAGGAGAUCAACAUGUCGCCGAAUUGUGGGAGAACGCGACUGGCCUUGGCCACCGCUCUGGGUGACCAAAUGCAGGACUACUACGAUCUCCAGUCCAAGUUGGAGACUGAUUUGCAGGAAAAGAAGUUGAAUCUUAAGGAACUGGUGCGUCAGGUGCGUCCAUGGCUGUCCAUCUUAAAGGUGCUUUCCUCCAUGGCCAGCAGCUCGCGGGGAAAGUUGACCAGCGCCCAGCUGCUAACACUGUUGGAUCAGUUCUACCGGGAUCAGAAGGCCUCCGAACCGGAUCUCAAGGAGAGGGUGACCAAGAUCAUGGCAGCCGUAACUCAUGUAUACAUGAAAAUCGUUCAGUUGUGGAUGCAAAAAGGUGUUCUAUACGACACGCAGCAUGAGUUCUUCGUGGAGGACACGGAACGCUCGAAUGUCAUGAGUAGUACGCUUUUGGCGCCGGAGAAGUGCUGCCACGCCUACUGGGCCCAGCGGUACCGCCUUCUGCCGGACCGCUUGCCAGCCUUCCUGCUUCCCCAGGCGGAUGAGGUGUUUCUGGCCGGGAAGUACCUGAAUAUCCUGCGGCAGUGCAAUGUGACCAUGAAGCUGCUGCAGCUGCCACUCGCCUAUAAUCCUGGAGAGGCAGGACAUGAGCAGAUAAUCAAGAGCAGCUACGAUUUGCCGGCCAAAAAACUUCUAGAUGUCCUAGCAAAGGAACACAGUCUGGCCUUGCACAUUCGCAAUUUGAGGUGCUAUUUCCUGCUGCAGGAGGAGGGAUUUGUGGAGACGCUGUUGGACAAAUGCCAGGAGCAACUGCAGUGCAAUGUGGACCGGCUAGUUCCGGAGAAGCUGCAGACCCAGCUGACGGAGACCCUGCAAAAGUCCAAUGACUUCUUCAAGGACUUGCUGCGCUGCCAACUCAAGGAUUGCGAUGUGGCCACUCAGUUGGGCAGGCGGCACAGGCUGGGGAAGUCUGUGGGAGGAGGUCGGGAAAGGGAGAGCUCCAGUGAGGAUGAGCCACCGGCGGUCCUCAAUCUCUAUGGCUACGAAUCACUGGCUCUUCGCUACGAAGCCAAAUGGCCUCUGAGCUUUGUCCUCUACCCGGAGAUCCUGGAGCAAAUGCAGAUCCUGCAGCGGGUCCUUCUCUUCCUGCACUAUGUGAAGCGCCACCUGACUGUCCUGUGGCAAACUCCUUCCGAGGGCAUGGGUCUCAAGCUGACCAAACGAUCGGGUGAUCUUCGCCAGCGGAUGCUCAUGUGUAUGUUGAAUCUGGAACACCACAUUACCCAGGACACUGCAGAGCCUCGAUGGCAAUCGUUGACCGUAGCCAUGGACAAGGCUCGGAAUAUCGACGAUGUGCUGAAUAAGCUGGAGACCACCGUGGAUGAGUGCCUGCGGUUUGCACUGCUACCCUCUGCCAACGCCUUUGUGAAAGCCCUAUUCACCCUGGGACAUGUGUGCCUCAACUUUUGCGGCUUUGUGGAAUCCCCGCCAGAUGGAACUUCCCGGGAGCUCGAGCAGGGUAUUUCCGAGUACGAAGAGGAGUUCGACAGCUUCAUGGCCAGCAUCCUGGAGUUGGUGGGCGAGUUGGCCAAGUCGAGUGGCCACGGCGAGCGGGAGUCUUGCAAACAGUUGCUCAAACGUCUCGAGGGGUUCUGCAAGCCUUCCGAAAUGAACUAGGAUGAUGCAUCCAAGUUUUAGUAACUUUUUGUUGGUCACACACAUUUCAUAGUGGGUCAAAAGCGUGUCCAGCAGCUUUGAAAAUCAACCGUGCCAACAAACCUCUUACCACCGAAACAUAAAAUAUUUAAGCUCUGUUUACACUACUCAUCUAGGCUUUUUUUCGGAGACUUAAGACGUUGUAUACCCCGAGAAACACGUAGAACUCGUGUAAAAAUAUUGUUUGAAUACAAAAUUAAUUAAACUUUUGAAAGGGUAAAAACAUCAGUCUGAAAAUAUUCUUUACUAUUGGCUGUUACUUCCAAAAAAAUUUAAUAAAUUUUAUCUAAACCAAAA